AUGGAUACUACUAGGCGUUCGUCAAGGGCCGCUCGAGGCAGCCAACCUUCUCAAUCAACUUCACAUCACUCCUCAGCUUCCUCGAACUCUUCAGGUCGCGCAGAAAGAUCUACUCGUUCAAACAAUAAAGUCGAACCGGCACGAAAGUCGACUCCUUCUGCUUCACUGUCCUCGGAUUCUCCUGACGACGCAACUACGGCCGAAGAUAGUUCCUCGACACGUCGAAAGCGAGGCCGAGCUGAUGGAAGUGAUAAGACAUCAAAGGGACAAUCGGUUGAAGAAGACACAUUAAUUGGGGUAGAUGGGGCAGGCGAUGACGAUGAAGCUGUUCGAUGCAUCUGCGGUCAUGAUGAAAAUCCUGGACCACCAUCACUCGAGGGCGAAGAUAACAAGAAUAAUACAAAAGAUGGAAUUGAUGAGCCCGUCAUAACAGCAGCGGAGUUCACAGAAGAUUUGGCUGGGUUCUUCUUGCAAUGCGACGUUUGCAAAGUCUGGCAGCACGGCGUAUGCGUUGGAAUCAUAAAUGACGAUGCAAGCCCCGACGAAUACUUUUGCGAACAAUGUCGCAAAGAACUUCACAGAAUCCGUACAGCUCCAAAUGGACAACGCUACUCGCUAUACCUUCCUCUUCAUCCAAGUCUCUCCAGAACGACAUCUCGAGCAGGUUCAUUCUCAAAAGACGGCACGAGAUCACCGAAAGACGGCAGGAGUCGCCCCACCUCCAGCUCUACAAGCGCAAAGAGACGCUCGACAAUGAAUAGCAGAGACGCUGCGUACGAUGCAGCUGCAGAAGCAGAACAGAUUCGACAAGCUAUAGCGGCUAGUGUGGCAGAAAAUAACACUGAAAGUGUUGACGGUCGGAGUCGCAAAGCAAAACGAGGCCGAAGUGGUAGCGAAAACAAAUCUGAAGGACCAAAGAGACAGCGAACAGACUCAGCUUCUUCUACACCUGAAGAUGAUGAAAAGCCACAACAAACCACUCAAAGAUCUGUAUCUCAAGCAGUAUCUGAGGACAGCGCGACUUUAACAAAUGGUCGAAACGGAGGCGUCAAGAAGAUUAGGGGAGCGGCAGCUAAGAACCACAGAGAAAAAGAACUAAGGGAAGAACGAGAAAGGUCGAGGGUGGAAGCUGCAACUAAAAGAAAAGGUCGAGCUGAACGUCGAAGGAUCGAAGGUCAGUACACCCCAAUACAUAAUGAUGUAGCAAUAACUCACAGUCACCCAGAUUCAGAACCUAUUGAAGAAACCCCACCGGCAAUCAAGCCUUCAAAUAACAAGACCCCUGAGGUCGCUGCUCAACCCCCAGACCCGCCUCCAGUGCCACAAACGAUAGCACCAGAUACACCCCCUCCAGUUCUGCCACCGGUGUCGCACAAGAAGGGCGGCAGACCUCCUAAUCCUCGGAAGGGCAAAUCGGGCAAGAACCAAUAUACUAAGGACAAGGACGAUAGCGGUGUCGGAUCUCCCAAUCGAUCUCAAUCUAGGGAUAUUCUACGUAUAGACGAUAAUGUGCAGGCGACGAUUAGUAAGGGGUCGAACAAUGAGAGCAAAUCUAGCAAAGCAAAGGCUAGCGUAGGAAGCAAAAUUAGUAUGGCCGAGAUGAGGAAACGUGCCGCAAGUAUUCUUGAUUUCAUAUCCCGAACUCAAGUCGAACUCGCCAGCGAUCCGUUCAUGCUUCCAAGUGGGAGCGGGGCAGAGAAAUUUAUGCGGGAGCUUGUCGAAGAAACUCUCCCUUUAAUACAAGUUAAUGGCGCACAUGGCGCAGAAAGAACAAAGGUGGCCGCAGGGGAAAGCGAUUCGGCAAAGGAAUUCAAAGAUCUAACAUGCCUGGAAAUGAUGGACAUUUUAACUAGACAAUUGGUCAAAUGGCAAAAGGAGUAUGAUGUAUGA